GCUUCGCCUCCCGCCGGGGCCGUGAAGAUGGCGCGCUUCGCCCUGACCGUUGUCCGGCAUGGAGAAACAAGAUUUAACAAGGAGAAAAUACUUCAAGGACAAGGAGUAGAUGAACCUCUUUCAGAAACUGGAGUUAAACAAGCAGCAGCUACUGGUGUAUUUCUGAAUAAUGUAAAGUUUACUCAUGCCUUCUCCAGUGAUCUUAUCAGGACACAGCAGACCAUGCAUGGGAUUUUGGAGAAAAGCAAAUUUUGCAAAGAUAUGACAGUAAAUUAUGAUUCAAGACUUCGAGAAAGGAAAUAUGGGGUUGCAGAAGGCAAGCCUCUAAGUGAGCUAAGGGCAAUGGCCAAAGCAGCUGGGGAAGAAAUUCCUGUCUUUACACCACCAGGAGCAGAGACAUUAGACCAGGUGAAAAUGCGUGGAAAAGAUUUUUUUGAAUUUCUUUGUCAACGAAUCCUGAAAGAAGUAGGUCUAAAAGAACAUUUUUCUCAAGGAGCUCCAAGCAAAUGUCUGGAGACUUCUUUGGCAGAAAUAUUUCCUUUAGGAAAAAACUGUGGCUCUGAAUUUAAUUCAGACAGCGGCACUCCAGGAUUAGUAGCGAGCGUCUUAGUUGUGAGUCAUGGUGCUUACAUGAAAAGCCUGUUUGGUUAUUUUCUGACUGACCUUAAGUGUUCCUUACCAGCAACUCUGAGCAAAUCCGAACUUAUGUCAGUUAGUCCCAACACAGGGAUUAGUCUCUUUAUCAUAAACUUCGAGGAAGGAAGCAAAGUUUUACCAAAAAUUCAGUGUAUUUGUAUGAACCUACAGGAUCAUCUACAUGGAGUGACUGAAACUGGCUAAGUUUAAAUCUACAUCGAAAUCUAACAAUUUCGAGCCUCUG